AGCACAUCUAUACAUAAUUUCUAAGCAAAUGACGACCCUUGCCGAUAUUUCGCGAAUUCUUGACGGAACAUUAUCGUAGUGGUUCGGCCUCCGUCCAGUCUCGUUCGGUUAUUACAGCAUUAGGGAAUUAAUCAUACCUAUUUAUUACAACCGUACAUUUCACGAAUAUCCUUACCACCAAUGCGCGAUGGGAAAAAAGAGCAAGAAGCCCGCAGCGGGCGAAUCUCCUAACUUGGAGCCACAGACUGCUGCAGAACCCUCGACCACCUCGACUACCUUGACAACAACGACAACCUCCUCGACAACAAAUAAGAAGAAACCGUCCUCUCCUGCGCCCCAACCUUCCCCGUCUGCGCUCGUAAUCUGUCGUAAUAAGCAUUGGCGCUAUAUUUCUUCCUUCCAUGGCCCAUGGCUACAACUACCGCUCGAGGUCCUCGUUACGCUCGCCAAUGCCAAUUACUACAUGCCCUUACCGCGUCCCGUCGAUCCCGCAGUAUUCUACGACUUGGUGAAGAUAAGACAGCUUGUGGAUGGUGCUACCGAUUUGGCCGUACGAGCGGCUAAUGGCGUCGCCUCGUCGGCCUUGUCCAAUUCGCUGGCAGGAGGAGCUGCGCAUCAUAUGCAAGCCUUAGGGCUCGGGUUUGGGAACAAUGCCGGCGCAAAACUGAGUCCAGAAAGGAAAUUUCGAAUGCGAGAGCAAGCCACCCAGAAGUUGUCGCGCGCCUACCAUCUCGACGAAAUAGCCUCGAGCGUCGCUACAAUGCAAUCUACUUCAACUUUAGAGAACGUUGCUGGUCUUGUAUUGCAAAGGUCACCUAACGACCCCGAUGCCAAUUAUGUACAUUUUUUCCACGAAAAGAUCCCGUCUAGACAACUUGCAGAAUGCACCGACUUCCGCGCGUUAGAUUUAAUAAUUGGCCAGCGGCCUUCUGAGUGCGAGCCUCUGAGAACUCGAGCUAUUGUCCGCAUGUUUAAGGAAGAUUUUGAGGGUGCCGUUCAGGAUCUCACCUCUGCGCUUAGUGUGUAUCGUCUCCAACAACCACGGCAUAACAAGCCUGCUGUAGAUGAAACGAUGCAACUAGAACAGAAGACACGGCGGCGACGAGACCAACCCCCUGUUGAUGAGGCAAAUCAACCAAGUAGUACAGAAGUACAACUGCUGUUUCAACGCGCAGGUUGCUACCUCACUCUAGCAUGUGAUCAUGUACCGCACGCACUCCCUAAUUUGCAUAGCGAGCAGAACGGGGGCUCGCGAAACGGCGCAAACGGCACAAAUGGUCUUAGUAAUGGCUCCGCUAAUGGGAAUACAGGGUCACAGGAAGCUGAAGGAGACUUGGAGGAUAAAGGUCCUACCAAGAGGCAGCUCGAAAUGCGUAAGACAGUGCGCUUUUAUGCGAAGCGCGCAUUAAGAGAUUAUAUGGAAUAUUUCAAGCAUUUCCACUACUCGCCUAAUCUACCUAUCGAAGUAUCAGAUGACUUCAGUCGUCAGGUCAAUCAAGCAACUCACCGUAGUAAGAAGUAUUACGGUCAAUCUCGACAUGCGUCUCAGGACCCAGGUAGUCCCACGGGCACCUCGCCUAGCCACACGAUCUACGAGCUAGCAUCACUCUUUUCGGCGACACCCCCCGCAGACUUGCCGCCCUACCCCUCGACAGAUAUCAUUUCUCCAGCUUCUGCUACCGUGGAGUCGAUCCAGACAACCAGCGAAGUUGUCACCUACCACCCGUUACUUACCGACGCAUUACAUUCGCUCUUGCUGUGCCACACCCUCAUGCAAACCUCGGCUAAAGAGUUGCAGCGACAUGCGCACAUGGUUGCUCGCCUUGCUCGUCUGGCGGAUGGGUAUCCGGUAUUUCAAGCGAGCCGGUCCCCUGCCCGAGCAGAUUGGAUAGAAGUCCUUAGAAGAGCAGAGAAUUGGAUCGAGCUCUCCUCGAGUUGGGAGGCACUCUGCGCACCCGCCCCGCUCCCUACUCCCAUGUCCGCUGCACUAGGAGUGUCUGCCGCAGCUGCGGUUAACGCCCUGUCUAUCACCGGCAGCACAAGUCCCACAACCGAGACAGAGGAGCAGAGGAAGGAGCGGAUGCGCCAACAGGCCAUAAUAGAGGCCCUAGAGGACGAGCGCGUCAACGACGAAGCCAGCUUUAAAGCGGCUAUCCUUGCCCGCCAACGUCGCGCCGAGGCCGACCACGCCAGCUCCUCAAGCGGCGGCGUACCAAGCCCCAACGCGGGACCCAAGCGCUGGGCCGUAGACGACGGUAGGGAAUAUCCCAUCCUAACAGAGCGCGCAGAGGCCGUCGCCAGGUGGAUUCGCGAGGCGCCGACGGGGCCUGGUACCGGGACUGGCAAACGCAAGAAGAAGUCGAGACCUCAGAAGAAAGCCGCUGAGCCGGAGCCUGAGAAGGAGACCGAGGUUACGGAACCGGAAGCUACGGAAUCGGCUGCGGAGCCGGUUUGAAGUAAAUCGUAACAUGUCGAAAAAGUGAGUUAAUUGUCUUGAGACGCGUGCUCGCAUAUUAGCGGAGAUAUACCUUGUAGUGUAUACCUUAAUUAAAUGCGUAAAGCUUUAUCUCUUCGAUUUUUUGUGGUAUAGUGAUCAUGCU